AUGGCAGCUGCGGGGCCCCUUGGGGGCCUCCAAUCGGUUCCUCGGCCUUCUUGGCUCGACGAGGACGGCGACGAUGAGGAGCAGCAGACCCCCAUCAGCAGCAGCAGCAGCAGUAGCAGCAGCAGCAGCAGCAGCAGCAGCGCUGGACUAGGGGCCCGCGCCUAUGUGUACUUCACGACUGACCUCCCAGAGCCCCUGCAGCUGCCUCAGGAGCCCUUAAGCAUUGAGGUGUCUGUACACCGCAGCGAUUUAUCAAAGCUCGUGAAUCAAUUACUAUCAGAUAAAGACCCGCAUGCCUGGCCCCAGCCUCAGCCUUUGGAUUUUUAUAUCGAUAACAAAACCCUAGUCAACAAAUCCCUGAAGGAGCACAUGCAGCAGCUGGGGUUAACAGCAGAAGCCCCUCUUCGCCUUCACUAUCAGAUAGCUACUAGAAAGGGCCCAGAGCUGCUGCUGCCUCCGGCUCCCGAUUGGAUUGCUGCUGUCUCUGUUCCCCACAGCAACGGGCCGAUAGUCUCUGGCUGCUACGACGGCGUGCUGCGCCUCCAUUCUUCUGGUUCCUUACCCCUCCUUUCAGAUGCAGGAGAAGCAGCAGCAGCAGCAGCAGCGGGGCCUUCGCUGCAGCACGCGGUGUCUCUAGGUCAGGGCCCCAUAGCAGAUGUUGCUGCAGUGCCGCUGGGGGCCCCCGAGGGGGGCCCUUACUUCUGCCUGAGCGUCACCCAGGGAGGUGGAUUGUUAGGGGUGGCUCUGACGCAGACAGCAGCCAGCAGCAGCAGCAGCAGCAGCAGCGGGUGGAGAGACACUUUUGUUUGUGCUGGGCUUCACAACGGCCCCGCUGGCUGCCUCGCGAGUUCAGGAGACAGCAGCCUCGUGGCUGUAGGCGGCAGAGACGGGGCUAUAUCUCUGUGGAACACAGCAGAAGCAGCAGCAGCAGCAGCAGAAGCAGCAGCAGCAGCAGCAGCAGAUGGCGCUGGGGAUAGAGGCGGGUCGGGUUCUGUCCGACAGAAGCGGCGUGGGGUGUCUCCUUUGCUUGUUUCAUUAGGAGGCGAGAAGCAGCUGCUGAAGCCUUACACUCGUUUUGCUGUCUCCGCUUCCUACCACCACGUAACUGCUGCUGUAUUUGGGGGCCCUUCGCUUUUUUCUGCUUCUUUAGACGGUGUGUUGCGCGUGUGGGACCCGAAAAGAGCAGCAGCAGCAGCAGCAGCAGCAGCAGCAGCAGAGUGGCGCUGCAACUCCAUCCCUCUGGCCUUGUCUACAAGGGAAGCACAACCUUCUCUGCUUGCUGCUGCUCAUGAUGAUGGGCGGGUGAGGCUGUGGGAUGUACGUACACCUCAGGGGGUGGCGAUAGAUGGCCUGGGAUCGGGAUCGGGAUCGGGAUCGGGGGACGAUAAUGUGGGGUUCUCUUUGCGUACGUCUUUUAAGACAAGACAUGCGCGUCUGCCUGCUGCUGUUAGCUGGAACAGCAACGGGGGCCUCUUAGCUUCUGUGGGGCAGGACGGCUGCGUGCUGCUGCACGAUCUGCGUGCUGCUGCUGCAGCACUUGCUGUGUUUAAAGCCCAAGUCAAGGGCCUCCCUGUAAGGCUUCUCUGCUGCUCCUGGUGUACAGACACCUCAAUCGUCUCAGGAGGCAGCGACGGCCGCCUCCGCAUCCAUCAAAUCCUCAGUGGCGGUUGCAGCUGA